AGGAGUUUCGGGAACUUAUGACCAAAGCUGACUUAGCCUGGAGGGAAAUUAGGGGACUGGAAGACUCGACAGAUUCCGCCGAUUUCGUAGAAAGGUACUCUAUGAAAGUAGGCCCCAGAUAUAACGUCCCGCUGACCGACAACGCCCUCUGGUGGAGCAUCUGCAUCAAACAGUGCAACGCGAUAUUUGGCUACAUUUUCGUGCCGCCUCCCCCGAACACCCGGAAAAUCAAGACCGAAAUGGCCUACUUCUCGGCUGGAGAGCUGGUCCAGGUCACCCACGGCGAUGUUAACCCCGAGGUCAAACCCAGAGAAACACGACCAGGCAACAUCGAAUUCGAAUGUUCCUGUCCGACGAACCCGGAAUUUCUCGCGUUGGCCAAGGAAAGCCAGCGCUUCGACGAGAAGGUGUUUGCCAUGUUCAAAAAGGGAAACGCGGCCCUGGUUGAGGGGUUCUUGCGCGGGGUUUUCGAAGGGACCAAGUUUAAGGUGAUGAGCAACUUCGAGGUCACGGUUAAGUUGGAGGAAUGGUUUGGGUACCACGAGAUACAACUCCGCAAGGACCUGACGGACAAGGAGUUCGAACGAGUGAGGGGCGAGUUCGCGGGUGAGAGUGGGGUGAAAGCCGAAGAUGACUUCUGGGACGGGGUCGGUGUUGUGACGGAGGUCAGAACUAGAGAGAGGAGAUCAGGGAGGAAACCCAAGAAAAACUAAUGGACAAUGGGUCAGCUGGUCACAGGAUCGUGUUUUGCUUGAUUCUUGUAGAUUGGCUAAAAAUAAUAAGAUCCGUCCAAACCGCGACUUUACGUCAAUAUUAACCGAGAUAUCGCCCUUUGAAAAGUCGGGUUUUUGA